AUGUCUAUUUCAUAUGUUGAUGAUAUAUCUGAUGGUCAAGGGAUAUUUAUCUUUGUCAAAAUACUUAGAAGAUGGAAAGGGAGUUUGUACAAAUUGGUAUGGGUUGACUUAUUAAUCUACAUCUCAGCUUAUUAUGUUUUAAAUCUAUCUUAUCGGUUUGCAAUGAAUGACAAGCAAAAAGUAAUUUUUGAAGAAAUUGUUGAAUUCUGUGUUCGAACUAAAGGUGAUAUACCUAUAUCAUUUUUAUUGGGAUUUUUUGUAUCUGGUAUAAUAUCACGUUGGUAUCAAAUGUAUUUAUAUAUACCAUGGAUGAAUCAAAUUGCACUUCAAAUUGCUUCAUCUAUCAAUGCAAAAAGUGAAGAAGGUUCACGUAAAAUUCGUUUAACUAUUAUGCGUUAUAUGAAUUUAGCCUGGGUAUUAAUGAUGAAACGUAUCUCAGAUCAAAUUGCAUGUCGUUUUAUUAAAAAUGAUGAUAUUGGUAGUUUACCAAGUGCAUUAGUUCCUGUAUUACCUAAACGUAAAUCAACAAAUCAUAAACAUUUAAUAAGUAGAAAUACAUGUCAACCAUGGUCAAUUGAUGCAAGUGAAGUGGUACGUACAUCACCAUCAAAAUCAAUAUUACAACAACAAUUAUCUCAAUCACAAUAUCCAAUACAAACUAAAUUAGAUAGUCCAUUAAAUAAUAUAUUUGUUCAACCACAAACACCUAAUUCUUCAGAUGUUCAUACACCAUUAGCACCAUUAGCUGCAGAUGAAGAAUGUGGUGCAUUACCUGAUGCAUUUGAAGCAGCUGAUGUUGUAGAAUUAAGAGAAAUGUUAAGAGCAUUUAAUCAAGAUCAAAAAGUGAAAAGUUCAUUUGGUGUAUUAAUUACUGAAAAAGAAAUUUCAUCAUUUGAACGUAUAGCAGCUGAUUGGUUUCGACGUACAAAAACUAAUUAUACACCAGAAUAUUGGGUACCUAUACAAUGGGCUCAAAGAUUAACAUUAAAAGCAUUACAAAGUGGUUAUAUUGAUGAUCCUAAAGUAGCAUUUUAUACUGUUGAAAAUAUUGGUAGAGUUAGACAAAGUAUGCAGAAUUUACAAGUAUACAGUAGUAUUAUGAUUCCAUUAGUGUAUACUCAAGUUGUAAUUAUAGCAGUUUAUAGUUAUUUUAUGUGUCAAAUAUUUGCUUGUCAAUUUGUUGAACAUCGUAAUCAAAAUGGUCAGCAUAAUGUGGAUUUAUAUGUCCCAAUUUUUAGUAUAUUCUCUUUCUUAUUCCUUAUGGGUUGGUUAAAGGUAGCUUUAUGUGUUAUGAAUCCAUUCGGUGAUGAUGAUGAAGAUUUUCAAACAUCAAAAAUUUUAGAUUAUAAUUUAGAUGUUAGUUAUCGAUCUGUAUUUAUGGAUCCUGAUGCAUUUCCAGAAAAUCUAUCAGCUCCAUCAGGAAAUAAACGAUCUGAUGAUAAUGAAUCAGAUGAUUUACAAAAAUUUUUAGAUCAAGUUGAUCAUGAAAUUGAAGAAGUUAGAAAUAAAGGAUUAUUAAAUGAUGUAUCUAACUUGGAAAUGCAUCCAUCAUUUUGUGAACGUGCAAGAAAUUUAUGUUGCUGUGAGAAAAAGAAAACACCACCACCUGCAAUUAUGGUUACAAACGUAGAUUACGCUAAACUCAAUUCACAUUUCAAUUUACAAAAACCAAAAUUCAAAAAAUUUAAUACAGAACAAAUAUAA